AGGAUGGUCCAUGUAAUGGGGGAUGUCGGCUGCUGGAUCCUGCUCGGAUGUCUCCUCCUGCCCAUCUCCGUUCUGGGUUCCCAGGAGAUCGGGAAGGUGAUCCAAAUCAACAAGGUCCACCAUCAGCCCCUCCGGGUGGGCUUGGCUGAGCCGGUGGCUCUCCCCUGCCUCUUCCUGCUGCAGCCCUCCACUUCCCAGGGCUCCAAUGAGCCGUCAGACCCGCCCCGCAUCAAGUGGAGCAAGGUGCAGUCAGCCACCGGUCAGCCGGAGGACCUCUCAGUGCUGGUGGCGAAGGAUAACGUGGUGAAGAUCUCCAAGGGGUACGAAGGGAGGGUCUCACUGCCUGGCUACCCCCACCGCCGCUACAAUGCCACGCUGCUGCUUUGGACUGCCCGGGCCAGUGAUUCCGGCCUCUACCGCUGCGAAAUAGUGGCCGGGAUUCAUGAUGAGCAAGAUCUGGUACCCCUGGAAGUGACAGGUGUGGUGUUCCAUUACCGAGCUGCCAGCAACCGCUAUGCACUGACGUUUUCAGAGGCGCAACGAGCCUGUCAGGAGAACUCUGCCGUCAUCGCGUCUCCAGCCCAACUUCAAGCUGCGUUUGAGGAUGGCUACGACAACUGUGAUGCCGGCUGGCUGGCUGACCGCACAGUCAGGUACCCCAUCACCCUUUCCAGGCCUGGUUGCUACGGAGAUCGUAAUAGCCUCCCUGGGGUCCGGAGCUAUGGUGAGAGGGAUGUCCAGGAAGAAUAUGAUGUUUAUUGCUUCUCCAAAGAGCUGCAAGGAAAGGUGUUCUACGCAUCCAGCCCUGGACGGCUGACAUUUCAGGCAGCCCGGAAGUAUUGUGUCAGCCGGGGGGCCCUGUUGGCUACCACGGGGCAGCUGUACCUUGCUUGGAGGGAAGGGCUUGACCAGUGUGACCCAGGUUGGCUUGCCGAUGGAAGCAUCCGUUAUCCGAUUCGCUUCCCACGGAAGAAGUGCGGUGGAGAGGAGCCCGGCGUGAGGACCGUCUACCAAUUCCCGAACCGGACAGGUUUCCCGGAUCCGGUGAUGAAGUUUGACGCCUUCUGCUUCAAAGCACGACAACAAGCCAAGAAACAGGAUGAUCCCAGAGACCAAGAGCCUGUCAACCAGGAUCCAGAAGGCAGCCGCAGUUCGGGGAUUGAGAAUGUCUUAGUGGAGCACGACGCAGAGCUGCCAUUGCUGUCCCAGAACGAGCUUCUCCCCAAAGACAACGACGAUUCCAUCAUGUCGGGAGAUUCCAAGGAGCUCGGCAGGGAUCCGUACAGUCCCUUGCACAAAGCGCCGAUUCCGUUAUUAGAAGAAGACGAGCAGCUGCAGCUGGUGACGGAUCUGCCAGCAGGGAAAGGGAUGGGGCAGGAGAGAGUGACCGCGACAAAGGUGCCCCUUUGGGGAGGAGACGGCAAAGACUCGUCUCCCGACGUCUCUUCUCCUGACGCUCCUGGCAAAGACCGACUGCUCAACCGAGUUGACCAGGCUGCAAGCCCAACGUCAAAGCAGCAUGAUGUGGGACAAGCGAGCACCAUGGAAGGAUCGGCCAACAUCAGCCAAAUGUUAGGAGUCUCGCCAUCUUUGGCGGAAGAUGGCUUGCCGACAGAGGGGGCUACCCAUCCAAUACAUCCAACCUGGCUGCAGGGAACCACCCAUCGGUCACUCCCCCCUGGGACUAUGACCCCGAACCUGCAGCAGCCCUCCCGAACCCACAUCCCUAAGGGACACCCCGUGGCCCCCACACUUGCCCCAGCUGUGACAACGCACAAAGAGCACCCAAUCGCCACAUCAGUGACCUCAGCCUUUGCAGGCCUCCCUGAAUCCACUCAGAAAAGCAUCUAUACUGGGCUGAAUGGGCGCUAUUUUCAGCAAGGCCAAGGAGACCUGGGCAUCGCGAGGGACCCGGAAGGGAACGCUGAGCCACCUACGGUCUUUCCUGCCGUGGCCCUGGAAGCACAAAAGAUGAUGGAUAACUCUAUUGCGCCCCCUGCUGGAGCUGAGCCAAGCCCUGCCUCCUCUCUCGGCUUCCCAGUUUCCAACGAAGUGGAAGGGAACCAAUUAACAGCAUUCAAGGAUCAGGGCCAUCCUGAGAUGACUUUCUCUCCUGCUUCCUUCUCCGUGCAAGACGUUGGUGCUGAAGAAACCAUCCCCCUGACCCCGAUCCCUGAUCUGCCAGAGAGCCAGUCCUUUCCCACAGAGCGGCAGAAUCCUGAGACAUCAUUGCCGGCUAACGCCCCUGGGGUGUUUUAUCCCCAAGAGGUUGCCACAGCAACAGGGGAGGGAGAUGCGCCCCUGGGCACCAGCAUCCGAGGAGAUUACCCUCAGGGCCUGUCGCAGGUGGUGGACAGCGAGGGCGGGUUUUCAGGCAAUGAGAAUGUGACGCCAACCAUCCUGACCAAUGCUCAGCAUCAGAGGCACGAAGUCCAUCCCGAUGAAGGGAGCGCUCAGCCCGAAUAUGACUCCCAAGGAACCUCGGAAAAGGCUGUGAGCUUUGUGGAAGAGGUUCCGGGGCCUAACUUUCAGGCUCGACAUCACGCACCAGGGCCUUCCCGUGGAUUGACAGAGAAAGAUGGCCUGAAUUCAGCUGAACAACAAUGGGAGAGCAGCCUCUUCGACACAGCCAGUGAGGCAGCCUCCUCAAAAGAGUCUGGCCAGCUUUCAGAAGAUCUGGCUGAGCUGAGAGGCCAUGGAGCCAUCACCCUUCCUCCCGAGGACAUUCCCUCGCUGACCUCUGACAACGUUUAUCCACAAGUGGCUCGGCUUGUCUCCAAGGAACCUGAGGAGUGGAUGGCAGCUGGGGGCAACCAAGCAGGCCAGGAGGCCACAACAGAUGUGAAACUGAAAGAACCUGAGGAGACGGUGAGUCUGGCACCGACAGAUGGCACAGCGACCACAGAGACCCUGAGCCUUCUCGAGCCAAAAGGCCCCCAGGAUGUAGUCAGUCACAGUGCAGGCAGCCAUCUUGAACACCACACAACAGACUACGCUCACCAAGUCAGUGAGAUGCUUCCAGAAGCUGUCAGCACGGUCAAACAUGGCCUUGUCCACCAGCAACAUGGCGCUACCGCUGUGUCUCCCAUCCACAGUGAACCUGACCAUUACACUUCUACCUGGGUCAUUCUAGACAAGGAUGUAGAGGCCCUAACCCGGCAUGCUGACAAAGACCAGACAUCAUGGAUUUCCCCGGACACAGGAGUCUCACUGGUGUUCCAGGGGAUAUCAGAGACUUCGAGCCCUCAACAACUAGGAGAUUUACCCCCAAGCUUGAGGCCGUUCGUCCAGCCCAGCAAGAACACAGAGGGAACCGGACUGGACCACACAGGUUACCUUCCUGUCACCCCAGGCGAACUGCAAGGGUUUAUGCCAGUGGAGGCUGGCAGCGGAGAGGAGAGAGCGGAGGCAUUUGCAGUGGAAGGAGUCGAGAGUCUAGCAUGGACCGAGGAAACCAAUGGCAGUUCUCUGGCUGAGGCCGACCCUUGUGACCAUGAUCCCUGCUUGCAUGGUGGGACCUGCCAGUCGGAUGGAAACAUCUCCAGUUGCACCUGCCCCCAGGGAUUCACCGGGGAAAACUGCGAAAUAGAUAUUGACGACUGCCUGUCUAGCCCCUGCCAGAACGGUGGCACCUGUAUUGACGAAACCAACUCCUUCGUCUGCCUCUGCUUGCCCAGCUACGGGGGGAACUUGUGCGACCGAGACACGGAGGGCUGUGACCACAACUGGCACAAGUUCCAGGGCCACUGCUAUCGCUACUUCGCUCACCGCCGCUCCUGGGAAGACGCCGAAAGGGACUGUCGUCGUCGGUCCGGUCACCUAACCAGCAUCCACUCGUGGGAGGAGCAUAACUUCAUUAACAGUUUCGGACAUGAGAACACAUGGAUUGGACUCAACGACCGCAUCGUGGAACAGGAUUUUCAGUGGACAGAUAACACGGGAUUGCAAUAUGAGAACUGGCAAGAAAACCAGCCAGACAACUUCUUUGCGGGUGGCGAGGACUGUGUGGUGCUGGUAUCCCAUGAGACUGGCAAGUGGAAUGAUGUCCCGUGCAACUACAACCUCCCGUACGUCUGCAAGAAGGACACAGUGCUGUGUGGGGCUCCUCCCUCAGUCGAGAAUGCCUACCCCAUAGGCAAGAAGAAGGAGAAGUACAGUGUCCAUUCCACAGUACGCUACCAGUGCAAGGAAGGAUUCAUCCAGAGGCACCUGCCCACCAUUAAGUGCCACGUCAACGGGAUGUGGGACCGGCCCAGAAUCCUCUGCACAAAACCCAGACGGUCCCAUAGAACCCGGCGACACCACCGCCACCACCACCAGCAUCAUCAGCACCACCGCCACAAAUCCCGCAAGGACCGGCGAAAACACUCGAAGCACCCCAAGUUGGACUGGACAGAGGAAGACGGGAACUACUUUUAAACCAGCCCCUCCA